AAGCGACAGAGGGUCUUCUUCUUCUUCAAGACUAUGGAGAAACGUUUCACUCUUCCACAUGCAUGGGACUAAACGAGGGGACUUUACCGAUGAAGUUGCAUUUUCCAAUGUAGAUCCGAGCCGCAGCUCAGCCAGCGGAACUACAGUCCUCCCAAGAUUACAGAAGGUGGAGGGGGAGAUGCUGCCGGACUAUUGUCUCAACUCUAUUUAGCCUCAAACUUCUCACCGUGGUUAAUCCUAUAUCAACAGAAGAACAGGAGGAAUGCCAGCUCCUGAGCAGAGCCCAGUGACGGAGGAGGGGCUUCUGCUGACCAUCCGCGACAGUUCGACUGGCCGCAACAUGGAGCCUGACAACACCGCCAACAACAUCCUGGCCUCCGUCAAAGAACAGGAGCUCCAGUUUGAGCGGCUUACCAGGGAGCUGGAAGUGGAGAGGCAGAUUGUGGCCAAUCAGCUGGAAAGAUGCAGACUUGGGGCCGAGUCGCCAGGCGCUGGUAGCAGCAGCUCGUCUGAGAAGUCCCUGCCUUGGAAAGCUGCAGAUGCCUCCGCCUCGGGCGACACCAAGUCUCGGAUGACUGACAGCUCCCAGUCGCCUAGCUACCGCAUCAGGACUGAGUCAGAGCAGGUGUCUCUGUACUCCCCGGAGCAGUCCUCCCUCCAUGAAAGUGAGGGGUCCACGGGGAAUUCCCGCAGCUCUACUCAGAUGAACUCGUACUCGGACAGCGGCUACCAGGAGGCCAGCACCGGCUACCUCAACAGCCAGAACAUGGGCAAGGCUGAGCUGAGGGUGCAGCACUCCUUCCCUGGUGCCGGCACCGGCACCCUGGGGAGGAGCAGCAGAGCAGAGGGCCAGGCUUCCUCCCAGGCUCAAGUAGUCACAUCAGCAGUGCCUGGGCGGGCGAUGCGGAGGGUGAGCUCGGUGCCUUCUCGCUCUCACUCGCCAGCCUACGCCAGCAGUAUGUCCCCCUCCCGCGGCUCCCUGCGCACCUCAGUCGGCAGUGGAUACGCCUCCCCCAUCGUAACUGAACCCAAACCCCUCUCCAGCAUCUUCUCCACAACUCUGCCGUCUGCCCAGCGCACCAGUAACCCCGGUGGCUGCAACAGCUCGCCCUACUCCACGCAUAAAAACUCCCCUGCCGCACUGCGACGCAUGGGCUCCACAAACUCUCGAUCGGGCAGCGCGAGCCGCACGACCUCGCCCUAUCAGGCCUCCGCGGGGUCAUCGUCGGGACGCAUGGGUUCGCCCCUGACGAUGGUGGAAGGGGUCAACCCUCCGCUGACAAAGCAGCCGACUCACUCAUCGUCUCCAGUAAGGGCUACCAUGACCGCCGUGCCCCAGCACUACAGCUCCACUCUGCCCCGCUCUAUGCUCCAGAGCACAGACCCCUACGGACCCCAGAGUUACGACAUUUACGAGAGGAUGACAAGACCUGACAGCCUCACAGGAAUGCGAAGCUCAUACGCCAGUCAACACAGCCAGCUGGGUCAGGACUUAAGGCCGGCCAUGUCUCCAGACCGCCACAUUGCACCAAUCUACGAGGAUCGGACGUUCCACGGCCCGUUGUACCGCAGCCCCAGCCACACCCAGCAGGGCACGCUCUACAGGAGCCCCUCAGGUGUGGGGAGUCUCCAGCGCACACCCAGCCAGCGCGGUACGAUGAUCUACCAAAGAAACAACUACGCUCUGAACACAGCAGCCACCUAUGCUGAUACGUAUCGCUCGGCGCCGUACCGGUCGUCCGAUCAAAACUACACCCGACAGCCUGUUGUCAUGGAUGAUGGUGCAACCCGCUCGCCCUCCAUAGACAGCAUUCAGAAGGAUCCAAGGGAGUUUGCUUGGCGUGACCCAGAGCUGAUGGAGGUGAUUCACAUGCUGCAGCACCACUUCCCCUCCGUGCAGGCCAACGCAGCCGCCUACCUGCAGCACCUGUGCUUUGGGGAUAAUCGGAUUAAGUCUGAGGUGUGUCGACUGGGAGGGAUUAAACAUCUGGUGGAUUUACUAGACCACAAGGUCAUCGACGUCCAGAAGAACUCUUGUGGAGCAGUGAGGAACCUGGUCUAUGGGAAAGCUAUGGACGAGAACAAGGUGGCUGUGAGGAACGCUGGAGGCAUCCCAGCUCUGCUCCGCCUGCUGAGGAAGACUGUGGAUGCAGAAGUGCGGGAGCUUGUUACAGGGGUGCUGUGGAACCUGUCGUCAUGCGACACCGUCAAGAUGACAAUCAUCCGGGACGCCUUAAUGACUCUGACCAACACUGUGAUCAUCCCUCACUCUGGAUGGAGCAGCUCCACCUUUGAUGACGACCAUAAGCUGAAGUUCCACUCCUCCCUGGUGCUGAGGAACACCACAGGCUGUCUGAGGAACCUGAGUUCAGCUGGUGAGGAGGCGAGAAAACAGAUGCGCGUUUGUGAAGGCCUAGUUGACUCACUGCUCUACGUCAUCAAAGCCUGUGUAAACACCUCUGACUUCGACAGCAAGAUUGUGGAGAACUGUAUUUGCACUCUGAGGAACCUGUCGUACCGUCUGGAGCUGGAGCUGCCACCGUCCAGACUCAUAGCGGGACAGGAGCUUGACGGCUUACUGGGCAGCGAGUCGCCCAGUAAAGAAGUGGAUUCCAGCUGCUGGGGCAGGAAGAAAAAGAAGAAAAAAAAGGGCUCACCAGAAGACACAUGGGACGGUGUGGGACCCAUCCCUGGCUUCUCCAAGUCUCCCAAGGGUGCAGAGAUGCUGUGGCACCCUGCGGUGGUUAAGCCUUACCUGACACUGCUGGCUGAGAGCUCAAAUCCGGCCACGCUGGAGGGCGCUGCUGGAUCCCUUCAGAACCUGUCGGCAGGCAACUGGAAGUUUGCAGCAUACAUCCGUGCAGCAGUGCGUAAGGAGAAGGGACUGCCCAUCCUGGUGGAGCUGCUGAGGAUGGAUAACGACAGGGUGGUGUGUUCGGUUGCCACUGCUCUCAGAAACAUGGCGCUAGACGUCAGGAACAAAGAGCUCAUAGGGAAGUACGCGAUGAGGGACCUGGUCAAUCGACUCCCCGGGGGAAACACCUCCCUGCUGUCAGACGAGACGGUGGCAGCUAUCUGUUGCACCCUACACGAGGUCACCAGCAAAAACAUGGAGAACGCCAAGGCCCUCGCCGACACGGGCGGCAUUGAGAAGCUGGUCAACAUCACCAAGGGCAGAGGAGACAGGUUCUCUAUGAAGGUGGUGAAAGCGUCUGCUCAGGUGCUGAACACACUGUGGCUGUACCGGGAUCUACGUACCAUCUAUAAGAAGGAUGGAUGGAACCAAAACCAUUUCCUCACUCCUGUGUCAACACUUGAAAGAGACAGGUUCAAGUCCCAGCCGACCCUUCCCACCAGCAACAUUCAGAUGUCCCCAGUCAACCACCAUGCUGCCAGCGCCACGUCGUCUCCUGCCAUGCUGGGCAUCAAAGAGCAUAGAGACACCAUCAGAGAUUACCAGAGAACGCAGUCAACUAUGCAAUUUUAUAACUACCAAGGGGACAACAGUAUCCAUAAAAAACAGUAUACAGCUGAUUCCAUGGCCGUCUCCUCUCCCUGCCAAGACAGUUCCCGCUUAUCACCUCCACUAAAGCCUGCCAGCCCUGAGACAGACAGUCAUUUUAAUUCAGAGGACUUCAUAGCCGGGUCUGGAAAGCCUUCUCCAUAUUUCUACCCAUCCCCUACAAGAGAGGAGCCCAGGAGAACACAGCCUGUGUAUUAUACAGAGGAGCCAGGAAGGAGGAACUACGAUACGUACAGAAUGUAUCUGCAGCAUCCCCACGGCUUUGACGACCCUUACUUAGAGGAGGCGAUCACCUACCCGCCCACAGCGGACUAUAGCUCUCAGCCUCACGGACUCAAAUCCACCACCAACUAUGUGGACUUUUACGCCAGCACACGGAGGCCUUCCUACAGGGCAGAGCAGUACCCUGGCUCUCCUGACUCCUGGGUAUAGGUCCGGAGAUGCUGCUGAGGGGCGUCCUCACCCCACAGCAGAAGCGGGGGGGAGCACAAAAGAACCAACAAACUUUUUCAUGAACUUGGCUAUAAGUGUGUUUGUAUUAAAGUGAAUGCGUGCCUGUGGAGGGUGAGUUCAACUGAGCAAUGUUAGAUGGAAAGAUGGAAUGUGUGCCAAAGAAGGAAAUCAAGGAAUGUUUUUUUAAGUUAUUUUUUAUUUAGUAGAAGGAAGAUGAAAUCUGUUGAGGGGUGAUACCCUACACUACAGCGAGGAGACGUGCGUCCUGCUCUGUCUAGAUGUUAGUUUUAUUUUCUUUAUGAAAAUCUUAGCUGUGAGAGCAUGGGGGAAGAUGUGUCAUGUGAGAGAGGGUAUGCGGUAAGAGUCAAGAUGGGGAAUGUGUAUGUGCUGAAGCCAAAAUGGAUCAUGAACUCAUAUCUGUUAACGAAACAAAAAAAAACAAUUACAGUGAACUUAUGAUGUUAGACUGUACAGAGGGAUCAAAUUGUAUCUGUACUUAUUGUUGAAGCUGUGUAAUGCCAUGGAGUCUUGUACAUUUCUUUCAUUUUAUUGUAAAUACAGAAAAAAACAUGUUACCUGGUUUACAUUCAUCAGCACUGGUUUGAAAAAAGAAUCUUGUGCCAUGUUAAAUCUCUAUAGAUAUAUAAAUAUAUGAAAAAAACGUGUGGACAAAGAUCUAUCAUAACACAACCACGCUAAAAUAAUAAAAAAGGUCAGUUUUGUUUUUUA